AUGUCCCUGGCUCCAUUGCAAUCGAUCAAUGAAAGGCAAUUGAACACACGGUCAAAUGCAGUUCAAACACCGGUCAAAAAUGCAGCUCACUCGUCAGCACAACAUCUCGAAAAUAAGGAGAAUGUGCCGCACAGUAAUCACAAAAGAGUUGAUUUCCAGCAACAAAAUCCUCAUCUUCAAGACCAGCAGCCACCUGUUAAGAAGAAGAAGGAAAAAUUGUCCGCACUGUGUAAGACUCCACCAUCUUUGAUCAAAACUAGGGGGAGAGAUUACCACAGGGGACAUUUCUUGGGGGAAGGUGGGUUUGCCCGUUGUUUCCAGAUUAAAGAUGAGAGUGGUAAGAUAUUUGCUGCCAAGACCGUUGCCAAGAUCUCCAUCAAAUCCGAGAAGACUAGAAAGAAGCUACUUUCAGAGAUUCAAAUCCAUAAAAGUAUGAGACAUUUCAACGUGGUCCAAUUCAUCGACUGUUUUGAGGACGAUACCAACGUGUACAUCCUGUUGGAAAUAUGUCCCAAUGGAUCCCUGAUGGAGUUGUUGAAGAAAAGAAGGACUGUCACAGAACCAGAGGUCAGAUAUUUUAUGACACAAAUCUGUGGUGCCAUCAAAUACAUGCAUUCAAGAAGAGUGAUCCAUAGAGAUUUGAAAUUGGGUAAUAUAUUCUUUGACAAGAAUUAUAACUUGAAGAUUGGUGAUUUUGGUCUCGCUGCCGUCCUGGCAAACGAUAGAGAACGUAAAUACACCGUUUGCGGUACACCCAAUUACAUUGCGCCGGAAGUUUUAAUGGGUAAACAUUCAGGACACUCGUACGAGGUCGAUAUUUGGUCCAUUGGUGUGAUGAUAUACGCUUUACUAAUCGGCAAACCACCUUUCCAAUCUAAGGAUGUCAACAUGAUAUACGAAAGGAUCAAAAACCGCGACUUCGCAUUCCCCAAAGAUAAAUACAUCUCAAACGAGGCGAAAACUUUGAUCCACGAUAUUUUAUCCACUGACCCUCUAGAAAGACCUUCCAUCGAAGAAAUAAUAGACUACGUGUGGUUUAGAGGUAUUUUCCCAUCGUGCACCCUGAGUACGGUAAUGUCGGAGGACCCAAACUAUGAACAAAUAAUAUCAGCAGAAGAGUCCUACAUUAACUUUCAAAACUGUCUGGAGAGAUCCGGUCUGUUGAACAAGGCAAAGGACUGGCAGCAGGUAUCCAUACAGCAACUUCCGGAAGAUGUCGACAAACUUGGCUCCUCAUAUUACAGACCAAGUACUAUACUGCCGCAAUCCCUGUCACCUGGCGAUACUAGAAAUAAAUACCAAGAAAUUGUCGAUCUAGACGCACAAAGAAAGCUAAACGACUUGGCCAGGGAAUCGAGAAUAAGAAGAGCAAAACAGGCAACUUUGAAGAAAGACCUGGUAGCUAACUCGACAAACGUCAUCAAAUCGGAGAUAUCUCUAAGAAUAUUGGCCAGUGAAUGCAGUUUGACUCUCAACGGUAUCCUGGAGGCAGAGGCACAGAAAAAGAUGGGCGGGUUACCACCUUCUAGAUUACCUCCUAUCAAGCAUCCAAUGAUUGUUACUAAAUGGGUAGACUACUCCAACAAACACGGGUUUUCUUACCAAUUGUCCACGGAAGAUAUUGGGGUUUUGUUCAACAACGGCUGCACAGUCCUUCGCUUGGCAGAUGCGGAAGAGUUUUGGUAUAUUAGUUAUGAUAAAAGUGAAGGUUGGGUUGCAAGUCAUUACUUACUGAAGGAAAAACCACAGGAGCUUUUGAGACACUUGGAGGUGGUUGAUUUUUUUUCAAAGUACAUGAAGGCAAACUUGAGCAGGGUUUCAACAUUUGGAAGGGAAGAGUAUCACAAGGAUGACGUCUUUUUAAGAAGGUACACGAGAUACAAAACAUUUGUCAUGUUUGAGUUAAGCGAUGGUACUUUCCAGUUCAACUUCAAAGAUCACCACAAACUGGCAAUCUCAGAAGGUGGGAAACUGGUCACGUAUAUUUCCCCAUCUCAUGAAAGUUUGACGUAUCCCCUGGUAGAAGUUUUGAAGUAUGGUACAAUCCCCAGUUACCCAGAAAGUAAUUUCAUGGAGAAAAUAGUCAUCAUCAAGGAAGCAUUAAAGCAAAAAUCUUCAGUUAUAAGGGUCGACUAG